AUGGCGCUAGCUGUGACUUCGUCGUCUGCCCCGUCUGGCAGGGCGGAGGUGGUGUACUGGAAUCUGCACGGCCACUCCGAAGAUGUCGUGUGUGCCGCCACGCAUGGCCGUGUGUGCGCCACCGGCGACGUCGACGGAGUGGUGUUGCUGUGGCGCUUUGCUAAGGCGGCGCCAGAGCACGUCUGCUCCAUGAACACGGGUGGACCUGCAGCAGUAGAUGCAGCGUGGAGUAGUGCCACAACGCUGCUGGUUGCUCAAGGAGACGGAUGUGCCACUGUCUGGGAUGUCGAGAAAGGUGCACGGUUGCGCACCAUCUCUAGGUAUGCCGUCAAGGGUCGGUGUGAGUGGCCGGUGGUCAACUGCGUGGCGGUGACGACGCAAGACUCCUUUGUGUUUGGCGGCGAUGACGGCUACCUUGUCACAGCGGACAAGCGAAGCGAUAGGGUCGUGGUGGGUGCACGUGUCGCUGUUCCCCUCACCAGCGCCACAACUGCCGGCUUCUCUCUAUUUAUCGGAGACGUGUGUGGGACACUGCACUGGUUCGACAUCCGGACGGGGUCGAGGGAGGUGGAGCGCAUUGUUUGUGGCUCUGCAGGGAUCACCAGUAUUGUGGCAGACCCUACUCAGGAUCGGGUGGUAACGUACUCCAUGAGUGGGACGGCGCAGAUGAUUGAUACACAGCCCUUUGCAUUGUCAUCAUCGGAUCGCCUCCUAGGUGCGACAGAGCUGGGCGUGAAUGAGCGCCAGGCGCUGUUGCGUGGUGCAUGGGUACCGCGUUCUGACACUGUUGUAAUGCCAAGCGGUAAGGGCAAUGUCGUGUCCGUCUUCGCGAGUGACAUCGUGGGAGGUGCUAUGCGUACGGUGCACGCAGGCCGCACUGGGUCUGCGAUGAACGUGAGUGUCUGCGUGGAAGAUGAGUACGUAGUCUGCGGAGGCGAUGGUGGUGAGGUGGCGGCGUACCAGUGGUAG